UGGGCGGUGGGGGGGGGUGGAACCAGGAGCAAGGGUGGCUCGAUGAGAAGCGGCUGCCUGAUGUGUCGUGACACGUCCGUGGCUGUUGUCGGCGAGAGGGGAAGCUGAGCGUUCAGUUUGUUGCUCGAGGCUGGACGGCUGCUAUGGUUGUGGUGCAGGCCUAUUGGACAAAAUCGACUAAUGUGUGUCUGUAAAACCGGAGGCCUGUUCAUUCCUGGGGGAAGACCUGUGCUGUCAGUGAAGUCCCUUCUCCCUCCAGAGAUGUUGCUGAUGUAGCCAUGGCGGAGGAGAAUGCCCCACAGCUGGCAGACUACUUUGUGGUGGCGGGCCUGACGGAAGGCUCGAAGCCACUGGAGGAGGGAGGCCACCGGCUGGCCCGGCCGCUGGAGCCCAUCUCCGACGUGGCCAUCGUCAUCCGCUCGCUGGGCGAGGAGGUGCCCGAGGGCUUCACCUGCAUCGAGACCACCCCCAGCGGCCAGUCCGCCGACCUGAGCUGUGGCCUCCUCACCCCCUCCCACAUGUACCUGUGCUACAAGCGGGGACGAUGCAAGGCACCCCUCAUCGACCUCGGGGUCCUCUGCGAGGGCAAGGAGAGGCUGAAGGCCGGAUGCAGCACCAUCGAGACCACCCCCUACAGCCGGCCCGCCCACAUAAGCGGCGGGGGGGCGAGUCUCCAGCCCCGCACCUUCAUCACCUUCCGCCGGGCCACCGACUGCCAGUCCCACACCAGCCUGGCCGUCACCGACAUCUGCCUCAUCGUGCCCAGCAAGGGCGAGGUGCCCCCACACACCUUCUGCAAGGUGGACAGGAACCUCAACACCGGCAUGUGGGGCCCUGGGAUCUACCUGUGCUACAAGAAGUCCAUGGCCAAGGGCACAGCUCUGACCUACGAAGCAGGACUGAUCAGCAGGUACCCAGAGACUGACAGUGAGUCCUUCCCUCUGCCGCAGACCGUGCCCGUCUUCUGCCUGCCCAUGGGGGCCGCCAUCGAGAGCUGGCCCGCCCAGCCCAAGUACCAGCUCCCCGUCUUCUCCACGUUCGUGCUGACAGCUGCCACCGGAGUCAAGGUGUACGGCGCCGCCAUCCAGUUCUACGAGUCAUACGCACUGGAGAAGCUGUCGGACAAGCAGCGCCUCAGCCUGGGGCUCCUGAGCGUCAUUGACCGGCGCCCCAUCCUCACCAAGUCCGUCCAGACCAAGAAGAGCAUCUGCGUCCUGUCCCACUGGCCCUUCUUCGACGUGUUCCAGAAGUUCCUCACCUUUGUGUAUCGCUACUCCAUCUCCGGGCCGCACGUCCUGCCCAUCGAGAAGCACAUCUCGAACUUCCUGCACAACGUUCCCUUCCCUUCACCGCAGCGACCCCGCAUCCUUGUCCAGCUCUCCCCCUACGACAACCUGCUGAUCUGCCAGCCAGUGACCUCGCCCCUGCACCUCAGCGGGGCCAGUUACCUCAACCUGCUGCAGAACUUGGCGCCGGACAACACGGUCAGCCUACUCCUGGCUCUCCUCACUGAACAGAAGCUGCUGAUCCACUCGCUGCGGCCUGCAGUCCUCACCAGUGUCUGCGAAGCCCUGGUCUCGAUGAUCUUCCCAUUCCACUGGCAAUGCCCCUACAUCCCCCUGUGCCCACUGAACCUGGCGGAUGUGCUCAGUGCCCCCGUCCCCUUCAUCGUGGGCGUCCACUCCAGCUACUUCGAGCUGUAUGAGCUGCCCCAGGACGUGGUCUGCGUUGAUCUGGACACCAACACCAUCUCGCAGAACGAAGACAGGAAGAAUUUGUCGGUGAAGUCUCUGCCCCGCAAACCCUACAAGGUCCUGCUCAGCUCCCUGCACCACCUGUACCAGCAGCUGGACCAACUGUACAACAAGCCGGCGGAGGAGGCGACGCUGGAGUACCUGCUGACGGACUACGACCUGAUCUAUGGCCGCAGGAAGCAGCUGGAGCUGGAGAUUCAGGAGGCGUUCCUCCGCUUCAUGGCCUGUAGCCUCAAGGGAUACCGGUCCUACCUGACGCCCAUCACUCAGGCCCCCUCGGAGACCACCACCGACUCCAACUCCCUCUUCAACCUGCAGGGGUUCCUCAAGAGCCGGGAUCGGGCCAGCCUGAAGUUCUACACACUGCUGACCAAGACGCAGCUCUUCAGCCAGUUCAUCGAGGAGUGCUCCUUUGUCAGCGACAGGCACUCCAGCCUCGAGUUCUUCGACGGAUGCGUGGAGAAGGUGGACGUGGAGAAGAUGGACGCCGUCCGCCUCAUCGAGCUGGACGAGUCUCAGCGGAGCGAGCACACGGUCUUCAUCAUGCCCCCUGAGGUCCUGCAGAAUCCCGAUGGCAAGGAUACGCCCCAGUUGUACAGCUACGAUGGGUUUCCCCUGCUCAAGCCCGAGCUGUUCGACGACCCCCGGGAGCUGCCGAAGAGCCAGCACUGCCUCAGCCAGCCCCGGAGCAGUGCGCCCAGCAGUCCUGCCCCCCGGCGAACAAAACAGGAGAUUAAGCUGGCACAGAAGGUGGCGCAGAAGUACUCCGUGAUGCCCGAGAUGUGGUCCAAGUGUCUCCUGGGCCAGUGCUACGCCCUGUGGUUCAUCUACCUCCCCACCCAGGUGCGAGCCAGCCAGCUGAAAGUCCGAGCCCUGCACACCGCCUACGACGUUCUGAAGAAGAUGGAGACUCGGAAGGUGGUUCUGCCUGACGAGGUGUGCCACCGGAUCCUGAUGCAGCUGUGCGGGCAGUACGGCGAGCCGGUGCUGGCCGUCCGCGUGCUGCACGAGAUGAAGAAGGCUGGCAUCAUCCCCAACGCCGUCACCUACGGAUACUACAACAAGGCCGUACUGGAAAGUAAGUGGCCGUCCCGCAGUCAGGGGGGACGCCUGAGGUGGACGAAGCUCCGCAAUGUCAUCAUGGCAACGGCACAGUUCCGCCGGCCCCUCCGGGAGCGCCAAGGGCAACUGGGGUCUCGGACCCCCCUGGACCAAUCCCAGGAGGAGGAGGCUCCGAAGGCAGGGCCCCGGGCUGCUCUGCAGCGACACACCACCUGGGCAGGUAGCAGCGGCAGCCUGGAGGCCUGGGACGUGUGCAGACCCUCACUGGUCAAGAGCAGGAGCACCAGCUGCACCCGGGCCAAGAGCGGCCCCCUGCCCCCGGGCCGGACCCCCUCCCUCUCCUCCCCCCGCUGGGCCGGACGCCUGGUGGGCAGGAUCAGCCGUUCCGCGUCUCGGGACCGUCUGCCCAACGGGCCAUCCCGACCCAGGCACCCCAGCCCCAGCUCCCGCCCCCCGUCCCAGACUGAGGUCCCAUCUCCUGAGGGUCCGGGGCAGCGGCGGGACGUCCGGUACAGCCGACGGGGGGCCAGGGAGCUGGACGAGAACUCCAACAACGUCCGGCUCACCACCCGCAGCCUGUCCCGGAAAAUCCACAGCCUGCUGACCUCCUCGUCCAACCGGAGACCGGUGCACGGCGGGGCUGGCGGUCGCAGCCGUGGCUCCUCCCUGGCAGAGCUGACCGCCUCCACGGAGAGGCUGGGGCUGCAGUCGGCCAGGGACACGGACAGUGAGGACUGGGUGUCGGGGACGGACCGUGAAUCCACCGACUUCGACUCGUCCAGCUCUGACCUGCGGGAGACGCCGGACUCCCGAUCCCGGACGUCCUCCACCAGCCUGCAGACGGCCAGCAUUGAGGUGCUGCUGUCGAGCUGCUCGCCCUGCACGAGCUGCAGUUCACUGGUGUACGACGAGGAGAUCAUGGCCGGCUGGACAGCAGACGACUCCAACCUCAACACCAGCUGCCCCUUCUGUUCCUGCUCCUUCGUACCUCUCCUCAACGUCGAGAUCUACGAGCCUCAGCUCCAGCUGCCGAGCUCGCGAGAAGGCUCAGUGAGCACCGCCAACAUCCAGCCGUCCUUGACCGACCACCCCGGAGGCAGCGCACAGUCGCCGGUCCUCAGUGACCGCGGCCAGAUCCUGACGGAGGAUGAGCCCACGGCGGAUGGUGCUGGCCGAUGGAGCAGCACGCUGAGCUGGUUGGGGUCCAGGCGCGGGGAGCUGAACGCAGAGAGGGUGACGGUGGCCUACGUCAGCCCGCUGGUCCUACGCAAGGAGGUGGAGAGCCUGAUGGAGAACGAGGGCGACUCGGUGCUGUCGCAGGUCGAGCUUGUCGACAACCACCCCAUCAUCUUCUGGAACCUGGUCUGGUACUUCCAGCGGCUCGAGCUGCCUCACAACCUGCUGCAGCUGGUGGUGGGCUCGCACCACGUCCGCGCCCCGCCGCAGGAGCCGCCGGUCUGGGUGUGUGGUAACGUGAUGCUUCGAGUCCGCAUCCUGUGGGACGUGCUGACCAUGGACCCCGAGCACUGCCCCCCGCUCUACAUCCUGUGGAGGAUGUACAGUCAGAUCCCACAGCACCGGUGGAGGACAGUCCAGCAACCCGUCACCCUGAGCUACCUGGAGGAGGUGGUCAGUCACGUGGGGCUGAACAAGGUGCACAAGGCCAUCAGCCUGCUCCGGGACACACCGGGCCGGCAGGCAGCAGGGUCUCCACAGCAGAGGAGUCUGUACAGAGAGAUCCUCUUCCUGACCAUGGCUGCACUCGGCAAGGACAACAUGAGUAUCGGCACUUUCGACAAGAGGUACCAGGCUGCCUGUGCGCAUCUGUCCACUUCCCUGAGCCAGGAACAGCUCAGGCAGGAGCGCAUCCUGCCUCCGAGCACCAAGGCCAUCGACUGCCGGAAAACCUUCGGAGCCCUUCUGGAAUGUUGAAACAGUGACCUCAGGAAAACGCUGCAUCCAGGAGGCAGGAGCUGGUGUGUCGAAGACACCCCACCUGCCUGGGGUGUGUACAUAAUAUAUAUAUAUUUAUACAUUAUAUUUUCUUGUGAGCCUAAUCGGAAUUGCACUGUGGGUGUGGCAAGUACGUGGCACCCUGUAAAUAUCAAAGUAUUUAACUCUGCAAUGUGAUGUUGUGCGGGGUGCAGGGCAGGGCAGAGAGAGUUGAUUAAUGGACAACAGGAAGCUUGGAGGAAUUAUUUUUUUGAUCUAGUCUGUGAAGCUGUGCGUGUGAACCUGUGUGUGUGUGUGUGAGCAUGCACAACUGUCUGUGUGUGAGUGUGCAUGUGGAUGCCUGUGUAUGUGUGUACACACAUUUGUGUCAGUGUUUUAAUUGUGAGCAUUUCCAUAACAAGCUAUAUGCACUCUGCGCGCGUGUGUGCGUUUGUGUGUGUAAACGCACGUCUGCGUGUGUGCGUGUCAGUGUUUCAGGCUGCGUCUGCCCCCCUGUUGCCCGCGCCGUCUCGUCUGCCCCUUGGGCCAGUGAUGUUGACGCCGCAGGCUGGGCUGCCCUCCCAGAGCGAUCAGCGAGCUCGCCGGGGACCGCCGAUCGCUCGGCGCACCCAGGCAUGAACACGGGGGAGCGGAACCUCCCCGCGUGCCCCUGCGGCUGGGGAAUGGGCGUCGGUGACAUCGGUCUCCACCCCACCCCCAACCCGCCCAUCAAAUCCCGUCCAUUGCAGAAAUCAAUACCGGCCUCGGGACGUCAGGGAGGGAGAGGCAGUUCUACCCCUUCUCACACCACCCCCCACUCCCUCCCCACGCCCCCCCAGUGUUCCCUCUGAUCGGCCUGGCUCCCACUGACAAGGUGGGCAGUGUGAGUGCGAGAGACCGGGCUGCAUGAAGAGGCACCUGUUCCAGCCCUCCCCAGACCCCUGCUGUGCAGCUGGACAGGACCCAUCGCCAACAGAGCCCCCUCCUCUGAUGGCCUCCCCCUCCUCCCCCCAGCUCCUUUGAAAGCCCCGUUUAUUUAUUGUGUAAAUAAUCUCCAGAGCUGACACUGCUGCUGGGAGCCAAGUCCCCGCGUCCCGGCUCCUCGGUGACUGGGGGAAAGAGGGGUAACAGAGCGAGCGCCCGCGGGGUCCAAAGCUCCACCUGCUUCCCCUCUCCUGGCUUAAACCCCCCACCGAGGCAGCCUCCGUCUGACGUCACUGAAAGGCGCCCCUUCCCCUCCGCGUGUGGGUGUUGGAGGUGAUUUUGAGGCUGGCCACUCUCCUCUCCCAGUCCUGUUCCCCACCCCCUCGCCAAACCCCAGGUUCCCAUCGUCUAGUCCCAGCCAAUACGCCUCCCCUGUCAUCCCCCCAUGCCGACCCCCCCCCUGCCCUCCCUCCUCACCUUCCCUCCCUCCUCACCUUCCCUCUGCUCCCACCCCAACCUCAAUUUUCCCCCUAACCUGUUCCCCGCCGCGAUGCACCUACCCCCCCGCUCGCAACCCAGCACUUCGUGGGUAUAAGCCGUCCCGUACAGCCCCUCUCCCCUCGCCCACCUCUUGAAUCUUCAACCCUCCCAGCCCUUAGCCUGCCACCCCUCCUGGCAUCCUUGAGAUGAAAGAGAGGGGAAUGGAUUUAUUGAUCCCCCUCUCCCCCCCCCCUCCCCCCAGCGGGAUUGGCACUGGGGGGGCAAACCCAGCAGUGGGAGUGGCACUUGUUCGGUUGGCACAGUACGAUUGGGAGGGGCUGAGACUCGGGCACCUGCUGGUUUGCACUGUUCGUUGUUCCUUUUGUUCGUAUUUACCUGUGAAGCUGCUGAACGAUCGGAUUUACUGUAUAAAGCCAUCUGCUGAUCAAUAAACUAAGACCUUCGUGGCCAA